AUGGUGGCUGUUGAUCAUUCACUUGCAACCACCAGACCAUAUCCGUUACCCAAGAAUGUUUUUCUACUGAAUGAUCACACCCUUGGCAUUGUUUUUGGAAAGCUUGAGGAUCAAAUUCGUGACUUUCUCUUGAGAGAGCUUAGGACUCAAAUGAUAAAUGGCAUUCUUUCUGAUGAUUCUACAGAAUGGAGAACUUGUCUGGAAGUGGCAUCAGAGAUGAUGGCCCGGUAUCUGACUGGUUGCAAUCAGAAGGAGGAUUUGACAGGAGGAGUGGUUGUUGGUUGGGACGAAAUGGGUCCUGGAUUGUAUGGCAUGGAUGGUGAAGGAAAACUGUCUGAAGAAAAUUUCUUGGCAUUUGGAUCCAGAUCACGAUGUGCUACUGUCCGCGACAUUGACAGAUAUAAUACAUUUUUUAUGUAUCCUCUCGAAUAUGCAAGCUCCCGAGGUAAAACAUGGAUCAAUACAUGCAAACCGCGUACAAGAGCGCUUGCCCUUUCCUCAUCGUCGUCGGAGCUCUACGCGCCUCUUUCCAGUACUCAUACUCCACCAUCUCCAUAG